UAAAUUAAUGCACUACUGAAUGAGUGUUUGCUGUACCGAAUCGUUAUAGAUUUUCUAUUUACACUAGCUUUAUUUUAUUGUAAAAUAUAGAACAGACGUGGCAAAUGGCAGAUUUACAAAGCCCUAUACCUUCAGUUGAGGAUUUAGUUAAAGAAGCAGUUAAAGCUUUCAAGGAAAAGUUUGGAUAUGAGCCGACGACCGCGGCAUGUGCGCCAGGAAGAGUUAACUUGAUCGGUGAACACACGGACUAUAAUGAUGGAUUUGUAUUUCCCAUGGCAUUACCCCUGGUUACUGUAUUGGUAGGAAAGAAGACAGACGGACAGCAGUGCCGUGUACUCACUCUGACCGACGGUGUAGAUGACCCUAAUUAUGUGGAGUUUCCGGUGCCGUCAGAAUCAUCGCCGCUCACACCCGGUACUCCAAAGUGGGCUAACUAUGUGAAAGGAGUUGUUGCAAAUUAUAAAGGUGGUCCUGUCCCGGGGUUCGACUGUGUCGUCGUAUCAUCAGUACCAGUGGGUGGGGGAGUAUCAAGUUCGGCAGCUAUAGAGGUCGGGACAUACACAUUUAUAGAUCAACUUACCGGUUCAACAAACAAUAUCAGUAAAAAUGAGAAAGCACUGGCAUGUCAGAAGGCUGAGCAUGUAUUUGCUGGAGCACCGUGUGGAAUAAUGGACCAGUUCAUUUCUAUAAUGGGGGAGACUAACCACGCCCUUCUCAUAGACUGCAGAUCAUUAGAGGGCCGAUUAGUUCCACUGAAAGAUCCUAAUGUUGUUAUACUGGUAACCAAUUCUAAUGUGAAACAUAACAUAGAAGCGUCCAAGUAUUCUACCAGGCGUGCACAAUGUGAAAAUGGCGCUAAAGUUAUUGGACUCAAAAGUCUCCGGGAUGCCAACACAGAACAACUUGAAGAACACAAGUCCAAGUUAGAUGACGUAACAUACAGACGUGCACGUCACGUAAUCGGCGAAAUAAAAAGAACGGAAGAAGCUGCUAAUGCACUUGAAAACAACAAUUACAAAUUGUUUGGUGAACUUAUGGUACAGAGCCAUAACUCUCUUAGAGAUGAUUUUGAGGUAUCAUGCCAAGAGUUGGAUCAGCUAGUCGAGGCAGCAAUGGAGGUGGAGGGUGUGUAUGGAUCACGAAUGACCGGUGGUGGUUUUGGGGGUUGCACCGUCACGUUAUUAAAGAAAGAAGCCGUACCAUCGGCGUUAGAACAUAUAAAGAAACGCUACACAGGCACGCCAACAUUCUACGUUUGUGAAGCGUCACAGUCUGCACGUGCCCUUACUCUAUAAUAUGAUGUAACUUACUCCCAACCAUACCAAUUUCUAUAAUAUGAUGUAACUUACUCCCCACCAUACCAAACAUUCAACGAAACUGGACCAAUCAGACCAGUGUGAAACGAUUUUAAUUAAAUCACAUUUGUGUGAAAUGUUUAAAGGCAUCGAAAAUCUCAGUACUUAUUAUACAUUAUUAUGUUAUUAUACAUGCGUGUGUUUGACACUGGUAGGGUAUAUUUACUACAUGUAUAUUAUUUAAAUUGUGUUGGUGCUGUAAAUAUAUCACAAUCUUAUUGUUUUACUGUAGGCAGCUAUGACAGUGCACUGUAUAAAUAUGAACAGUAGUUGUUUUGCUUUUAAAAUAUUACUGAAGGAUGAGUCGGCCAGCAUUUAGGUCACAUUUACUAACAGUUUUAUUUGCAGAUAGAAUAUUUUUACCUCAUUAACCAUCUUAUAGUAACUAUGCAAAUGUUAAUUUCUCAUUUACUAUAGCAACCACAAUUACUACAUACGUUGAUUUACAAUAUAUUGUGAUUCUAUAUCAAUUAGAAACUUUUACUGAAAUUGUUUUUAAUUUGUACAGUAAUUAAAGAAUCUCAGACAACAUUUUUCAGGAAACUGUAUCAGGAAAUAAUCGUUGUCUUAUUGUGAUUGUUGUUUUAUAAUUGUUAUCGGAUUUUUUUUAAUUUCAAAGGGUUUAGAAGGGUGUAAAUAAAACAUAAUACACUAUAAA